GUUCCUAAAAAAGCUCUCUCUCUCUCUCUCUCUCUCUCUCUCUCUCAAAAGCCUAACUUAGCUUAGCCUAGAGAGCAAGAAUAAAAGAAAACAAAACCUAGUACCAUAUUUAUGUUAUAAUAUACAUUAUUUAAAAGAUUUGAACAUAUUUAUUACAUACCAAAUCCAGAAAUUAAUAAUGGGAAGAGGGAAGGUAGAGCUGAAGAGGAUCGAGAACAAAAUAAACCAACAGGUGACAUUCGCAAAAAGACGAAAUGGGUUGCUAAAGAAGGCGUACGAGCUCUCAGUUCUGUGUGAUGCUGAGGUUGCUCUUAUCGUCUUCUCCACCCGCGGCAAGCUCUAUGAGUUCUGCAGCGGCUCUAGCAUGGAGAAGACACUUGAGAGGUAUCAAAGAUGCAGUUAUAGUGCAUUGGAAGCGAGUCAACCUGCUCAGGAUUCACAGAGCAGAUACCAAGAUUAUGUGAACCUAAAAGCAAAAGUAGAGGUCCUACAGCUCACGCAGAGAAAUUUUCUUGGGGAAGAUUUGGGUCAUUUAGGCACCAAGGAGCUCCAGCAGCUUGAGAAUCAACUCGACAUGUCGCUGAGGCAAAUCAGGUCAACAAAGACCCAAGUUAUGCAUGGUCAGAUUUCUGAUCUUCUGAGGAAGGAACAGAUGCUGCUGGAAGCAAACAAUGAACUGAGAAGGAAGCUGGAGGAAUGUGACGCAGCCAUUGAAAGAUAUUCAUGGACAACUGAGGAGCAAAAUCAAAAUGUUCCAAAUAGCAGCCACCACCAGGCUGCUCAAUUUGAGGGAGUCCUUGACCAUUCACAAUGCAACAAUACAUUGCAGAUCGGCUACAAUCCUGCUGCAGUAACGGAUCAUCAUGAGCUACAAUCCUCAACGCAAAGUCAUAGUGGAUUAAUCUUCCCCGGGACGUGGGUGCUCUGAAUCUUGGAGCGAUAUUGUCUCACAUGCAGAGAAUAAGAGAACAUUAAAGAACUUUGUGUUAAAUAUACCUGUACUACAUUAGGAUUUGUGCUUCGUCCUAAAAAAAUAAAAAAUGAUUGUGCCCUACAAAUUUCCUUAACUACAUUUCUUUUAAUAUUU